GUCACGUCAACAGGAAACACGAUGUAAACACAGUAAAACAAACAUCACGCUAAUUGUCUCGGUUCGCUUUUGUUCCGUUAACGCGGACUAACUGAAGUUUAUCUCAUUUAUUAUCUCGCGGUUUUAAAUAACUGCGCCAUUAGCUGACUGCGGCUAACGCGAGUUAGCUGCUAGCACGCUAGCGUUCACCACAAUGGAUGAAAACAAGAUGGUGGCUGGUAAAGUUAAGAAACCGGGCAAACGUGGCCGCAAACCUGCAAAGAUCGACCUGAAGGCCAAACUGGAACGAAGCCGUCAGAGCGCCAGAGAGUGCAGAGCGAGGAAGAAGCUGAGGUACCAGUACCUGGAGGAACUGGUUUCCAGUAAGGAGAGAGCCAUCUGCGCUCUGCGGGAGGAGCUGGAGAUGUACAAGCAAUGGUGUUCGGCCAUGGAUCAGGGGAAGAUCCCCUCCGAGAUUAAAGCUCUGCUGACGGGAGACGACCAGAAAAUGCCUCAAGGUGGCAGCAGCACGAAGUCGUCCAAGAACAGCAAGAACGGCAUCAGCAGCAACGGCCAGGUGUAAUCCGGCCCUGCCACAGAGACUGAUGGAGGGAAACUGCUGCUGUCAAUCGUCUACAAUCAAUAUAAUUAAGCAUUCAUUAAGAGCUGAAGUGACUCGCGGGAACAUUCAUGUACUUACAGGCUUAUUUUCUACAUUAGUUACUCUAAUAUCUUUUACAGUGAGAUGUAUUUAUGUAGGUGAUUCCUGAAACUUUCAUUUUGAUGUUUUCAGACCAGUUUAAGCUUCAGAAUUUAAACAUGUCACUCAUUUCUCCUCCAGUUCAACACUUUUUAUUCAACAAGCCUUUUUAACCCAUCUGUUCUUCAUCAAGGGUCGGAGACGGUUUCUCACCGUCUGCUUUCUAGAGCUUUUACAAAUCCAAAAUGCCGUUUAGGUUUUCAAAACGAUGGCGCAGACGCUCACCUUUUGGCUUCCUGAUUGGCUCUUAUCAGUCAUGCAAAUAUUUAGUUUUGGUAUUUAUAUUAAAAUAUUUUGUACUGUGUAAAUAACACUUAUACACCUGUACUGUGCAUGUCGCAGUAUUUACUUUGCGCCGCCGCCGUCUCUCUGUCCUCCCGUGUUCCUUUCAGUAACAGUUCCACCUCGCUGUCGGUCCGUGCAGAGAAAUCUCUGCUGUGGUUCUUCUCCAUUGCUGUUCUUCGUGGACGGAGAUCGUAGGAGUGUGUGUUGAGAGAGGAACCGUUUUAAGGAAGACGUUUUAAUAAGAUGAGAUAAGAUUUUUGAGAUUUUUACCCAUUCAUGCAGUGGUUGAACUGAAUUAUUUUUUAAUCAGAGCUUAACAGUAUCAAUUCCAAAACAUUACCUGCAGCGCGACCUUUCGUGCAUGUUUCUAAAGACUUGCUGCUGCAUCAAACAUGUUCAGCUUUGCACAAACGUCCACAGAAGUCCGCAGUUCUUCUUCUGUUCUUCCUGUCCAGCGGGGCAUUGCGUGCAUGGGUUAAAAAAAUGCUUCUCACGUGUUUCAGUAAAAAACUAAACUCAAAUCUCUAACAUCUUUUUUCCAUUCUAGUGAUCCUAAAGAGAAAAUUCUGCUCUUUAAAACUCAUUUCUAAACACGGGAUACUUGAGACAUCCGUUCUUUAAUCUCUCAUUUCAUAUGGAGUUUCUUUAUUUUUCUUAAAAUUUUCCAUGUAAAGCUAGUGAGUAUUAGGGCUGAACGAUUAAUCGAAAUCUUUUCAAACUCACUAGAUGACCUGCAAUUUUCAAAUCUCAGGAUGUGCAAUAUUUGUUAAAGAUGAUUUGUGUGUGAGAAUACCAUUUUAAAUUAAACAUUUUGCUGCAGAGACGUCCGGGACUGCACAUGAAAAUCUACAGACUUAAGAAAACGUCUUUGUUUGGUACAGAUCCUGGAAAAAAAAAAAAUCACACCAGAAUUCAUAUUAAAUAUGUUUUUCAGUGAAAAUGAAAAUAACAGUAAGAUGUUUUUUUUCAAAAUCGUUUAGCCCUAUUGUGAAAAGUUCCUAAUUUAUGAAUCAUUUAGAGAAAUUUUGGAUUUGUAAAAGUUUUCUAAGCAGACUUUAAGGGCUUCAACUAACGAUUAAUUCCAUUCAUGGAAUUUCACCACUAAUUGAUUAGUUGUUUGAUCCGUGAACUCAGAAAAUGGUGAAAAUGUCGGUCACUGUUUCCCCCAAAGCCCAAGAGGACAUCACGACCCAAAUAUAUUCAGUUUACUGUCACAGAGGAGCAAAGAAACCAGAAAAUAUUCACAUUUAAAGAGUUUUUGCUUAUUUUCUUUAAUCGUUUUGAGUCUUUUUUUUAUUUUUAUCGAUUGACGAAUAAUCAACUAAUCAGUGAAGCUUUACAGAUUUCUAAACGUAGUGUUUCUGAGUGACUGACCGAUCGCUGUGAUGAAGGUGGAGAGAGAAAAACAUUUUGUGAAUGGACCUGUGUUUUAAACUUAAAGGUAUGUUGCUCUUCAUGUUUGUGGAUGUACUUUGCUCUUGUUGCUGCCCUGCUACAUUGUUAGGAAUUAAAAUCUCGUCGUGGUUCUACAGUAGGCUAUAUUUUUUUAAACGUGACUAAAGAUGGCCUUCCUGCUGUAGCGUUAUUUUAAAGAUCAGGAGGACAGGGAGUCGAAAUGUACAGCGAUGUUGAUAAGUCUGUUGGAUAAAUCUGGAGAUAUAUUUUUGUAUUUUGUAUAUCUGCUCAGAGGAAGCGUGUGCGAGUGUUUUGUGUUUUUGUUCGAGUCCGUCUGUUUCAGCACAACAGGUUGGACUUAUUACUUAGGUUUUUCAGAGUAAAAUGAUGUGGUGAUGAUGAAGUACACAGAACGAUGAGUGGGUUCACUGCCCAGAAGCUUCUCUCAUCAUUUAGUUUCCACAUUUCUGUUUGUUGUUGUUUCUCACUUGAAUCCUGUAGUUGCAGCAUGCAAAUCCUCACAGGCGUUAAUUUCUGAAUGUGUUUCAGGAUUUUGUUUUUUGCCGGUGAGGUAAUGUAAAUGUAAUGCCUCGUGUCUUACUGCUUUGAUACUAGUUUGAUGCUUUGCAACAAUAUCUGUGUCUGAACUCUUUUAGAUGUCAAAGAUAGUAAAAGAGUAUUUGACUGAU